UGACUUUGGAUUCUUUCUUUGCGCUCAACGUUUGGUUUCUGUCGUCACGUUUGACAUUGGAUUCUUUCUUUGAGCUCAACGUUUGGUUUCUGUCGUCACCCAAGACUUGCUGCUGCUGUUGCAUUCAACAUUUUCUUUCGUUGGCCUCUGUGCACAGUUUGAGGUGAAUCAUGUCUGAGUCUGGUUCUGGUUGCGUAGAGAGUGAUACCGAAGAAGAUGAUCCCCCUGACUGUAGGCGUUCUACUCAAAGUCCUAAUUCAUGUUGUCCUUUAUGUUCUCUGGUGACAAGAGACACAGUUUCGCUGUUUCAACACAUAAAUGCAAACCACAUUUGCUACAGAAAUUUCCCGGAUGUUCAGUUCUUAGAAUUCCACAACCGUCGCUUAUGUUCAGAAUGUGGCUUUGCUUAUGGUAAUCGUUUCUCAUUUUGCCGACGUUCUCUAGGUCCUGGUCGUGGUAGAUGUCGUGGUUUGAUGACCCAUCCAAGUGCAUCAUCCUGGUUGAGUCAGUGUGAAUCCACAGCUGUUAACGGUGAUAUUGGAAUUCAGAAUUCACCUGAGGUAGCUCCAACAUCAGCUUCAAGGAUUACUUCUUCAUCAGUGCCUGUAUCCUCAUCUUCUAAUUUGGUGCUCGAGGGUAUUAAAGCAGCUUCUAUGAUGUCCUAUCCAGCUGUUGGUGACAUGGAAUUGUCUGUUUUCAAUUCACUGAUGAACGAAGUUGUCACCACACCAGUUCAGACAGUUACUCAUGUCCCAAAAUCAGUUAGACCACUUCUAAGUGUGGUUUUAGCUAAAGAAUUACGGUGUGCUUGUGAGGGUGGCCUGUGGGGCUUUGCUCGCCUCUUCAUGCUGGCCAAAGCUACCCUUCGCUGUCCUCCUCGUGGUGGGAGAAAGAAAAGGUACGUUGUAAAGGAAAUUUUGUCUUCUCGCCUUCAACGUUGGUUGGAUGGAGAUAUUCUAUCACUGUGGCUGGAUGUCAAGGCUGAGACUAACCCUUGCCAUGUUUCAUUGAAUUCCUCAAAUACCGCUACCACAAAUACUCGAAGAUCAUUGAGAUUGGCUUCAGAAGGUCGAUACAGUGAUGCACUUCAGGCUUUGGGUUCACGAGGUUGUGCCUCUCAUGACAGCAGUGAAGCUUUAGAAGAGUUGGCAAAUCGACAUCCAGUUCACGAUCUUCCUGCUUGGCUAGAGGAAGUCCCACCUUCACUAGUUGUGGACUCUCAGGAGGUUAUUUCUGCAUUGGAAGCAUUUCCCAAUGGCUCAAGUCCCGGUUAUUCUCAUCUUCGAAAGCGCAGUCCUGUUUAG